AUGGCCAUCAUAUCUAGUGACAUUCUCUAUUACCCUCUCUUUUUGAUUUGGUUCAGCACUGCUCUCCUAGUCCACUCUUUCAUCAAAAGAUUCCUGAAGCCUUCUCGCACCCCAGUUCCAGACCCACCGAGCCCACCUGCACUCCCACUGGUCGGUCACCUCCAUCUAGUCAGCUCCGUCCUACCCAAAUCUUUCCAAGCCCUGGCUGGACGCUAUGGCCCUCUCAUGCAGAUCCGUCUGGGUGCAUCAUCUUGCGUUGUUGUAUCCAACGCCACGGUUGCCAAAGAAAUCUUCAAAACUCAGGAGCUUAAUUUUUCUUCCAGGCCCGAAUUCGGUUCGUCAGAGUAUUUCAUUUAUAGAGGCUCAAGGUUUGUCCUGGCUCAAUACGGUGACUACUGGCGUUUCAUGAAGAAACUUUGCAUGACAAGGCUCCUAGCCGUCCCUCAACUAGACAAGUUCGCCGACAUCCGAGACCAAGAGAAGGUCAAGCUCGUGGAAUCCGUGAUGAAACGUUGCAAAGAAGGGGAGCCCUGUGAUUUGAGCAGCGAGUUAACCACCCUGACGAAUAAUACUAUCUGUAGAAUGGCAAUGAGCUCACGCUGUUCGGGGAACGAUAACGAUGCUGCUGAGAUUAAAGAGUUGAUUCGGACAUGUUUGCAGCUUUCAGGGAAGAUAAGCGUAGGAGAUGUAUUGGGUCCCCUGAAGAUAUUGGAUUUCUCUGGAAACGGCCAGAAGCUUAAGUCAGCGUUGCUGAAGUAUGACCGGUUGGCGGACAGGGUCAUCAAGGAACAUCAAGAGGAGGCCAUGAAGGGUUUGGAUAAGAAUCAAAGGAAGGAUCUGUUGGAUAUUUUGUUGGAGGUUUACAGAGACCCAACUGCUGAAGUGAAGAUUUCCAUGAAGGACAUCAAGUCUUUCUUGCUGGAUAUAUUCAUGGCCGGUACCGAUACAUCCUCCGCAGCCAUGCAAUGGGCCAUGGGGGAGCUCAUCAACCACCCAAAAGCCUUUCAGAAGCUUAGAGAUGAAAUCAAUUCGGUCGUGGGGCCUAACAGGCUAGUCAAAGAAUCGGACGUCCCGAAUCUUCCUUACCUCCGGGCAGUCAUAAGGGAAACUCUACGGCUUCAUCCUUCAGCUCCCUUGAUCAUCAGGGAAUGUGCUGAAGAUUGCAAGGUCAAUGGCUUCAUGGUGAAGGCCAAGACCCGAGUUUUAGUCAAUGUCUUUGCUGUCAUGAGGGACCCUGAUUCAUGGACAAAUCCCAAUGAAUUCGAUCCUGAAAGAUUCCUGGAGAGCUCUGAUGAAAGAAUUGGAGAGCAUCAAAUGGAAUUCAAGGGUCAGAACUUUCGGUACCUUCCUUUCGGGAGCGGUCGGAGAGGAUGUCCCGGAGCCUCCCUUGCCAUGUUGGUGAUGCAUGCAGCUGUGGGAUCCUUGGUUCAGUGCUUUGAUUGGAAGGUGAAGGAUGGAGAGAAGGUUGAUUUGAGCCUCGGAUCAGGGUUCGCUUCAGAAAUGGCUCGUCCACUCGUGUGUUACCCAAUCGCACGUUGCAACCCCUUUUGAGAAAACAUUAUGAAAAGGUCCAAACAAAUAUUAAGGAGCUUUGUGUUUGGAAAUUAAUUAG